AUGAGUACUGGUGACUUUCUGAGCAAAGGGAUUGAUCUGGUGCAGAAGGCGAUUGAGUAUGAUACUGCUACGCAGUACGAGGAGGCGUACACAGCGUACUACAACGGGCUGGACUAUCUGAUGUUGGCGCUGAAGUAUGAGAAGAACCCGAAGUCGAAGGAGCUGAUCCGGGCGAAGUUCACGGAGUACUUGCAGCGGGCGGAGCAACUGAAGCAGCACUUGGAUGAGGAGCAGGAGGCGAAGAAAAAGGAGUCGACCUCGGUUGGUGCUGGCUCUGGCUCUGGCUCUGGCUCUGGGAAAGACGAUGAGGAUACAGAGGACGGUAAGAAGCUGCGAGGCGCGCUGUCGGGUGCGAUACUGUCGGAGAAGCCCAAUGUUAAGUGGGAGGACGUGGCGGGUCUGGAAGGUGCGAAGGAGGCGUUGAAGGAGGCCGUGAUCCUGCCGGUGAAGUUCCCACACUUGUUUAAAGGUAACAGGAAACCCACAUCUGGUAUCCUCCUGUAUGGGCCUCCGGGUACUGGUAAGUCCUACUUGGCGAAGGCAGUGGCCACAGAGGCCAACUCCACGUUCUUCAGCGUCAGUUCGAGUGAUCUGGUGUCCAAGUGGAUGGGUGAGUCCGAGAAGCUCGUGAAACAGCUGUUUACAAUGGCCAGGGAGAACAAACCCUCGAUCAUAUUUAUCGAUGAAGUCGAUGCAUUGACAGGGCAACGUGGUGAAGGGGAAAGUGAGGCCUCGAGAAGAAUUAAAACGGAGUUACUGGUCCAAAUGAACGGUGUCGGAAACGAUUCGCAUGGUGUCCUGGUCCUUGGUGCAACGAAUAUACCUUGGCAAUUGGAUAGCGCUAUCAGAAGAAGAUUUGAAAGAAGAAUAUACAUUCCAUUGCCGGACGUAGCCGCAAGAACCAAGAUGUUUGAGAUCAACGUGGGUGAGACUCCAUGUUCUCUAACCAAGGAGGAUUACAGAAACCUCGGGCAAAUGACAGAUGGUUACUCUGGUAGUGAUAUUGCCGUUGCUGUUAAAGACGCUCUGAUGGAACCGAUAAGAAAAAUCCAGGGAGCUACACAUUUUAGGGACAUAUCAGAUGACCCUGACCAUAGGAAGUUAACUCCUUGUUCUCCUGGGGAUGAAGGUGCAAUUGAGAUGAGUUGGACUGAUAUUGAGGCUGACGAACUAGAAGAACCAGUAUUAACUAUAAAGGACUUCUUGAAGGCUAUCAAGAACACUAGGCCAACCGUUAAUGAAGAAGAUUUGAAGAAACAAGAAGACUUCACCAAGGACUUCGGUCAAGAAGGUAAUUGA